GUUAUUAUACAAUGCCAGAUCCAGAAGUGAAGAAGGAAAAUGAUAUAGAAACAGAAGAGCCUGUGAAGACGAAGCCAAGAGUGUCGACGGAUGAUUUGUACCGAAGAUCCAGUCAAUAUCGCAUGUGGUCUUAUACAGUAGAAUCGUUGAAGGAAACUAAAAUACAGACCAAUGAAGGAGGAAGGGCACAAGCACUUAAAAAAUACGAGGAGGCUAGAAGUAAAGCAGCAAAUGAGAAUCCAGAAUUGUUUGAAAAACAGCAGAAUGAAUUCACAGCCGACAAGAUGCUAGAAUUAUUAACAGAGGAAGAAGAGGUGAAAUAUUUGCAAUACUAUUGCAAUUCAAUACUAGUAACAGGAAAUUUUUUCAAUAUGCCUACACAAGUAAAGGCAACAGCCAUGUCAUUUUUCAAGAGGUUUUACUUGGUUAAUUCUGCUAUGCAAUACCACCCAAAACAUGUUUUAUAUACUGUUUUAUUUUUAGCUGCCAAGUCAGAAAAUUACUUUAUAUCCAUUGAAUCAUUUUGUAAAUUAAUUCCAAAAGUUGAACCAAAGGAUAUACUUGAUCUUGAAUUCAUAAUAUUACAAUCACUAAAAUUCACAUUAUUUGUUCAUCAUGCAUUUAGACCGUUAUAUGGUUUUUUUUUAGAUUUUCAAGCAAUUUUGUUACAUCCAGAUCCAGUGAUGUAUGAUGUUAAUAUAGAUACAUUAGGGAGCCUAUAUGAUAAGGCCAAACAAUGGUUGACUAAGUAUGGGAUACUCAGUGAUGCCACUUUUUUAUUCACACCGCCACAAAUAGCAUUAGCAGCCAUGUAUGACGUUGAUAAACGUAUAACCGAGAAAUAUUUGAAGAGAAAAUUUUUAUCGGACAAAGAAGAACAGAAGCUAGAACCAAUUAAAGAAGAAGAAGAAGGUGGUGAAAAGAAGGAGGCUAAGGAAGAAGAUGAAUCUAAAAAAACGCAAAGAGAACAAUAUGAGCUUAUCAUUAGGACAAUUAGAAAAUGUGUAAAGAUAUCAAAGCAAAUACCUGAAACCACUAAGGAAGAAAGUGCUAAUAUAGAUAAAAAAUGCUUUUUCACUUUAAACCCUAAUAAAUUAAUAAAGAGAAAAAUCAAACAGUUAACGAAAGAAUAA